AUGAAAACUACAAAGGUAAAAAAAGUGAACAAGAUGGAUUAUAGUGAAGAUGAAAAUGAUCCUAUAAGUGAAGAUCUGGAUAGCAAAAAAGAAAAUAAUCGUAAAAAACCAACAAGAAUGAAAAGGAAUUUGAAGAAAGGUAUAGAAUUGAAAGGAGUGAAGAGGAAAGUGUUACAGAAUGAGUAUAUGAACGAAGACAGUACUUCAAACUCUGAAAUAGAGAUGACAGAUUUACGCAAAGACGAUGACACGGAUUUAGACGAUGUCGGGAACAGAUACUCUCCCAGGAACCCAAGUACAUCUACAAUAAAGAAACCUACUCGAAAAAUAAAACGCACUCUUUUCAUGCCACAAAUGGACUUAUUACGUUCAAAUAAAACUAAAGAAGGAACUGUUUUGGAUACUACCACUCAAAUGACGAAGUUGAAUAUCACAAAGCUGCCAUCAGAUAAUGUUAAAAAAAGCUUUAAAGAGGCGGUACUAGAGUUCGUUGAGCAGCAAAAAAUUAAUGAUCAGCUCAGCUCAUGGAAAUUACAGUUGGAUAUCACCAUUGCCGAAAGUAUCAGAAAUUCAAUCGAUACAGUCAUUGAUAGAGAGCUGAAGAAAAUAUUAGCGACUAUAAGUAACUCAUUUAAAGAGUUAGGAGAUAGAUUGGAUACAAUCGACAAAUCCUUAUCUUAUACGAUGGAGAGGAAGGAUAGUAUUGAAACGCGUGUGACACAGGUAGAAAGCCAGCUGAGAUCGAGAGAUGAUGUAACCAGCCAGGUUAACCUAUUACAAGAUAAAAUUGAUGCAAUGGAGCAACAGGCACGGCUUUAUAAGGUUGAGAUUGCUAACUGCCUAGAACGACGUGAUGAAAACCUUCUAUCUAUUAUUGAGAAGAUUGGUUGUGUCAUCAAACACCCUCUCAGCAAAUCGGACAUUGUAUCAGCCCAUAGGGCACUCAUAGGGAAAAUAAUCCGCGACAACUUCAUCACGGCAGCAUGGGCAAAUAAAGGUUUAAAAUCAGACCAGCUGGCGGUACCUGGUACUAUAUAUAACGUGUACAUAAACGAACAUCUUACAGCUAAUAACAAGCAAUUAUUUCGAUUGUGCCGUCAACAAGCUACUAAGCACAAUUAUAAAUUCACAUGGAUUAAGCACGGUACUGUUUUGGUGCGUCAAACUGAGACACCUCCUAUGUUUGCUAUACGAAGCGAGCAAGACCUCAAGAAAAUUAAAUCCUAA